UCUCUUCUUGCGUGACUGGCGCUCUGGGUGCCCUCGCUGCCUGGAGGUCGUACGAGAAGCCGUCGCCGCCGCCCCCGCAGCCGAGUCAUUUCGCCGCAGCAUGUUUUCCCGCCCGGCCGCCGCCGCGCUCCGCAGAGGGCUCUCGACUUCCUCACAGAACCAUGCCAAAGUGGUCGUGCUCGGUGCCUCCGGUGGCAUUGGCCAGCCCCUCUCGCUCCUGCUGAAGAAUAGCCCCCUGAUCAGUCACCUGAGCCUCUACGAUAUCGCCCACACCCCUGGUGUUGCAGCCGAUCUGAGCCACAUCGAAACAAGAGCCCAUGUCAAAGGUUUCCUGGGGCCUGAGCAGCUGCCAGACUCUCUGAAGGACUGUGAAGUAGUGGUGAUUCCAGCCGGAGUCCCUAGAAAACCAGGCAUGACCCGCGAUGACCUCUUCAACACAAACGCCACCAUUGUAGCUAAUCUGGCUGCUGCCUGUGCCAAGCACUGCCCUGAAGCCAUGAUCUGUGUUAUUGCAAACCCGGUCAAUUCCACCAUCCCAAUCACAUCGGAGGUUUUCAAGAAGCAUGGGGUGUACAACCCUAACAAGAUUUUUGGAGUCACGACACUGGACAUUGUCCGAGCCAACACCUUUGUGGCUGAACUUAAGGGCUUGGAUCCGGCCCGUGUCAACGUCCCCGUGAUCGGCGGCCACGCAGGGAAGACCAUCAUCCCGCUGAUCUCUCAGUGCACCCCCAAGGUGGAGUUUCCUCAGGACCAGCUGGCGGCCCUCACCGGCAGGAUUCAGGAGGCCGGGACGGAAGUUGUCAAGGCCAAAGCCGGCGCAGGAUCAGCCACCCUCUCCAUGGCCUACGCCGGCGCCCGCUUCAUUUUCUCCGUCUUGGACGCAAUGAAUGGGAAGGAGGGGGUCAUCGAGUGCUCUUUCGUCCGGUCAGAGGAAACCGAGUGCACGUACUUCUCCACACCGCUGCUUCUCGGCAAAAAUGGUAUCGAGAAGAACCUGGGUCUCGGCAAGCUCUCUCCUUUUGAAGAGAAGAUGGUGGCCGAGGCCAUUUCCGAGCUGAAAGGCUCCAUCAAGAAAGGCGAGGAGUUCGCCAAGAGCAUGAAGUGAAGCGACGGCAGCCAAAGAGACCUACAGCCCCCUUAAUUUAUUUAAGGUGCAUCAUGUCACUUUAAAGGCUACCGCAGGCAGAGCAAGAGGCUCUGCCCGACGGCCUUGGUAUCGAGUGUAUCACCUGCCCUAUAAUCUGAUUCGGAAUUCUGUUCCUCAGUAAAGCCACCUGUUAUUUUUUCAGGGUA